AUGUUCAAAUUCUGCCCAUCACCGGAAUAUUUCUACAAGUACAGUCCACCUCACACUACCCCCUUUCUACAAGUACAGUCCACCUCGCACUACCCCCUUUCUACAAGUACAGUCCACCUCGCACUACCCCCUUUCUACAAGUACAGUCCACCUCACACUGCCCCCUUUCUACAAGUACAGUCCACCUCACACUACCCCCUUUCUACAAGUACAGUCCACCACGCACUACCCCCUUUCUACAAGUACAGUCCACCUCGCACUACCUCCUUUCUACAAGUACAGUCCGCCUUGCACUACCCCUUUCUUCAAGUACAGUCCGCUUUGCACUACCCCCUUUCUACAAGUACAGUCCACCUCGCACUACACCUUUCUACAAGUACAGUACACCUCACACUACCCUCUUUCAGCAAGUACAGUCCACCUCGCACUACACCCUUUUUACAGUUACAACCCGCUUUGAACUACCCCCUUUCUACAAGUGCAGUCCGCCUCACACUGCCCCCCUUUCUACAAGUACAGUCCGCCUCACACUGCCCCCUUUCUACAAGUACAGUCCGCCCUCACACUGCCCCCUUUCUACAAGUACAGUCCACCUACACUAUACCCCCUUACACUACCCCUUUCUACAAGGUCCACCUCGCACUACCUCCUUUCUACUCACACUCCCCCGCUCGCACUUCCUACAAGUACAGUCCACCUCGCACUACUCCCUUUCUACAAGUACAGUCCACCUCGCACUACCCCCUUCAUACAAGUACAGUCCGCCUCACACUGCCCCCUUUCUACAAGUACAGUCCACCUCGCACUACCCCCUUUCUACAAGUACAGUCCCGCCUCACACAGUGCCUCUACAAGUACAGUCCACCUCACUACCCCCUUUCUACAAGUACAGUCCACCUCGAAUAA